UGUGUAAAUAUAAAACUUCAAUUAGGUGAACAAAAUAUGUUAAAAGAAAAAUAAACAAUAAAAAAAAGAGAAAAUGAAUCUCAACUCAAAACUCAACAGACAAUUCCCCGGACUAUCAUAUCUGCCAGUUACUCAUAUUGUGAUACUGGUUCAGCUGAAGCUCAUCAAAGCGUUUCGCAGUACCAUUAAGCACCCCAUUGCCAUGAGCCAUAGGCGGCAAGACAGACAUUGCACCCAUGGGUGGAGACUGAUGAGAGACACCACUGGCCAAAUUAUCCUGCGUCUGCUGCUGCUGCUGCUGUUGCGUCUGUGUUUGCUGCUGUGGUUGGUUGCGGGUCAUGAGCAAAUACGAAUUAAACUGCGCUGUAGAAGCAGCCUCUCUUCCCAUAUGAGCAGUUUGCAUAGCAGGAUUCAGAUGAAACAUUUGGUGAUGCUGCUGCUGGAAAAGCUGUUGCUGAGGGUGCUGUUGGUGUUGCUGAGGGUGCUGCUGCCUAUGGGAUAUUGAUUCCUGCCU